UAUUUAUUUUAUAUAUAUAUCGUUUUAUUGGACUCUUAAGAUUUAAUCAGUUACUCCAGAGCCCCAUAUCUUUUGAAACAUGACUCAAUGGGCAAUCUUGCAAUAGACUGCGUAAAAUAGUAGCGGCCCGACAGCAACAAAAGCUGAACAAUUGACCUGAAAUCCUCUCCUGGGUAGGGAGGGUCUUUGGAUGUCUGGAAGAUGCUUUCACCAGGUAUACAAUACAUAGUUACCUGACUAGUCAGGUGUAUUGUGUCAAUGAAUAAUGAAUAAUGAAUAAUGAAACUUAUUCAUUCCCUAUAUCAGUUAUUUUCGAAAACUGUUGACUCAAAUAAUACUGGAAAUAGGUUGAUUUUCUAAUAGUUAUUCUCAAAAAAUAAAAUAUUUACAGUUGAGCUUUAUUUAUUUUUCGUUUCAAACUUUAUGUCAUUUAAAAUAUUUUAUUUUCAAGCUAAGUUUUGACUAAUUUUGAAUUCUGAAUGCUUGAAUUGUUCUUUUUAUAUUUUAUUUUUUACGGUUGUUGUAAUGUUUCCCUGGUUCGCCGAUUUCUCUAACCUCUUAACUACGCUUUCUCUUAUCUUUCAGGGAUCACAAGUUUUUUUUUUUCAAUAAAAUCCUUAGUGAUUUGUAUUUAUUUUAAAUCAUUCUAUAAAUUAUACAAUAGGGAACGUCAAUUUGUAGUAUAUGGAAAAAAGAACCGUUACAUAAAUAACACUUGUAUUUUAACAGUUACAUUCGUAUUGAACAUAAAUACGUUUCACAAGUACACCUUAUGUCUUUAUUUAAUAAUUGUCUGUGGUACAAACAAACGGUUUCAGAAUGUGGUCCCGUUAUGAUUCGAACUCAAAAAAGUAGGUCCUAGACUUUUGUUGGCUUUCAUCCAAGAAUUUACAUAACAUUAUAGCAUCAGAGAACUUCCGCUAACUAAUAGUUGUUUGUUUUAAUUAUAAAAACCGGUUUAUGAAUAAGUGUGUGAGUUCCAUUCCGAAUUUAAUUUGUAUCGUUUAUAUUAUAUUGCACUUGUAGCCGAUGAAUGAGAAUAAAAAAAAACCUUCCAUUGAUGCAUUCAGAGAUCCGGAUCUGAAGAGAUUCAUCUUUGGGAUUAGGUUUACGUCUGAUGGAGCUUUUUCCAGACCCACGGGUUCGUAUGGCACCAAACGUUGUUACAUCAACGAUAACUUGUGAAACUACCGUUCCAAACCCACCUGUAAAGAAGCCAUAUAAACGGAGAAUCGUUUGGAGAAAUGUCAUCCUGUUUGUAUAUCUUCAUUUAGCUGCACUCUAUGGACUAUAUCUCAUGUUCUUUUCAGCAAAACUGGCAACAGUUGCUUUUGCCAUCUUAUCGUAUCAAAUUGCUGCCCUUGGAAUCACAGCAGGAGCCCAUAGACUAUGGUCUCAUAGAUCAUACAAGGCAAAAUAUCCUCUCCAAAUUCUAUUGGCAUUUUUCAACUCUGUAUCUUUCCAGAAUAGUAUAUACGAAUGGGCAAGAGAUCAUAGACUUCACCAUAAAUAUUCUGAAACAAAUGCCGACCCACAUAAUGCUACAAGGGGAUUUUUCUUCUCACAUAUUGGUUGGCUCUUGUGUAAAAAGCAUCCUGACAUUAGGGAAAAAGGAAAAGGAAUUGAUAUGUCGGACUUGAAAGCCAACCCUGUUGUUAUGUUCCAACAUAGACACUACCUGAAAGUGAUGCCGAUAUGUUGCUUCAUUAUACCCACAUUGAUUCCUAUGUAUUUAUGGGAUGAAAGUUUUGUCAAUUCCUGGUUUGUUGCUACAAUGUUCCGCUACUGCUUCUCUCUCAACAUGACUUGGCUGGUCAACAGCGCUGCACAUAUGUGGGGCAACCGCCCUUAUGACAAGACUAUUAACCCUGCAGAAAACUUUCUUGUUGCUAUUGGUGCUUCUGGAGAGGGUUGGCACAACUACCAUCAUGUAUUCCCAUGGGACUACAAAGCAGCUGAACUUGGAGAUUACAAAAUGAAUUUCACAACAGCCUUUAUCGACUUUAUGGCCAAAAUUGGACAAGCUUAUGACUGUAAAACUGUCCCCGACAAUGUUAUCAAGAGCCGUAUACAAAGGACUGGUACAUUGGCAUCUGCUCCAGUGAAGAAGAAUCCAGAAGAAGAAGUACAUCCAUGGGGUUGGGGUGAUGAAACUGUAUCAGAAGAAGAUACCAAGAUCGCUGAAACCAUCUACAAAAAUGAAUAAAUCAACUGAUUGUAUUGCAUUUCUGAUAGUGCCUGAUGGUUGAUGGAAUAGAUCAUAGUUGAUAAUGUUGUUAAUAGUAUCUGUAUAGACUUAUGAACCUGCUAUUGCAAUUUUAUUUUAUACAUCUGUAGGAAUACAAUAAAUUGCAUUUAUCCAUGCAGUAAAAAACUAAAAAAGUUCAAUUUUACUUCAAAAAUAUUUAUAUUCAACAUUAUAUAAAGAACAAUAAAAAUAUUGACAAAUAAAAUAUUUUAAUAAAAAUUAACUAAUGUUCUUGACCUAAAAUAUACUAACAUACUAUUAAGAACUGUUGAUGGCACAGUAAAUAUGUUCCUUCCAUGUAUAUUUUGUUUAUCUUUUUUUUUCCAGUUUUUCUUAAUUAAACAUUUUUCUUCCUGUUAAAGAUUCGAUCUUUAACCCACAUUUUGUUUUUAUCAUAUUGUCAUUCUAGCCGAUUAGUUAACAAUAUUUUUAUUACGUGCAAAUCUCAAGCAUUGGGGCUUUACAAAAAUGCUAGUAAUAGAUGUAUUGUUAAGUGUAUAGACACCUCUUGUGCAAUUUACAAAUGCAUAAAUAUAUUUUUAAAUAUUUUUUUCUCUUUGUAAGUUAUUGGUUACAAUCUCUUUUCUUCUUUUUUAAAAAUAUUAUUAGUUAAAAAUGCUUCUUUUUAAGAAAUUAUUAUUUGUUAUUGUCCUAAGAACAAGAGGAAUGAGUGUGAUAUUAUUUUUAUUUAUAUAUAUUUGUUAUUUAAUUAAAUGUAACUGAAAGUAUUGUUUAAUUGUCUGUAAUUCUGUUUACUAAGAAGUAGAUAGCUUACAUUUUCGUUUUUCUUUUGUAUUACAUUGUUUGAAAACCAGGAUUUAUAUCUUUGUAUCUUUCAUGUAAUGUUUUCUCUUUGUAAGUCUCAUUGUGAUAUUAGAUUAUUCUGGGUAAGACAGAUACAGUUACUUUUGCAAAAAUAAAUAUACAUAUAUAUUUUGUAUUAAAAUAUAUAUUCUUUUCCCUAUCAUCUUUUUUUUUUAUUUAUUUAUUUUUAAUAAGAAGUAAAAUUGAAGAGAUGAUUAAAAGCUAAAUUAUAUUUAUAUAUUGUUAUUCCCUUUAAUUUAGUUUAAUUA